AUGCUCUUGCUCAAGCCGACAAAGUUGCCGCUAUUUACGAGUCGAGAUUGGCUGAUUUCACCUACUUGGUGGGUGAGAGACUUUCUCUUGCUGAUCUUUUCUCCGCUGUUCAUUUCGUUAGAGGAUUCGACCACUUGUUCGGCUCCGAAUGGAGAAAACAAUUCCCCAACAUCACCAGAUGGUUCAAAACUGUUAUCUCUCACCCUAUCUUGCACGCCAAGAUUGGAGACUACAAGUUCAGAGAGAAGCCAGUUGAGUACGUUGCUCCAAAGAAGGAGAAGAAGCCACAAGCUCCUAAGGCUGAAAAGAAGGCUGAGAAGAAGGCUGACAAGAAGGAGGAUGACGAAGAACCUCCAGCUCAGGCUCCUAAGCCAAAGCACCCAUUGGCCGCUUUGGGUGCUCCAAAGAUCCCAAUUGACGAGUGGAAGAGAACUGUUUCCAACAACAAGCCUGAGGUUGCUCUCAAAUACUUCUGGGACGAGUUCUACAACGACGAGGACUGGUCGUUGUGGAAGGUCGACUACAAGUACAACGACGAGUUGA